AUGGGGGACGCCAACGCCCGUCCAGCAGCUCCGAUGGCCUCCCAGGAUGAACGGGCCUCUCUCACUUCUCGAAUUAUUCCUACCAUGAGCCUUUCGGCUGCCGACAACCCUCUCACCGCACCUCUGCCGCCUAUAACGGCGACCUCCGCGACCGACAGAGCUGCCGCUCGAUUCAAAGUCGAGGGAAAUGCUGUCCUUACGGGCGGUGCCGGUACACUGGCACUGGCUUCUGCGCGGGCGCUUCUUGAACAUGGCCUCUCGGCGCUCACUCUUAUGGAUUUAUCAUCCACCAUCGACAAUUCAAAAUCAGGCAUCUCAGAGCUGAAAGCCCUGUUUCCUCACGUCACCGUCCACACGGUCCAUGUGGACGUAACUUCAGAGACCGAAGUUGAGAGAGCCUUCGAGAGUGCCCACACUCUGAUGGGUGGCAUCGACAUCCUGUGCUGUUUCGCAGGAAUUGUCGGAUGCGUGCAUUCCAUUUCGGCAACAGCCAGCCAGUUCCGCAAAGUUAUCGACGUCAACCUGACUGGAUCAUUUCUCUGCUCUCAAGCCGCAGCCAAAUACAUGAUUGAAUCCAAAAAGGGUGGAUCGAUUCUCUUCACAGCCUCCAUUUCAGCUCACUCGACCAAUUAUCCCCAACCCCAGGCUGCAUACAAUGUGAGCAAAGCUGGGGUGGCACAUCUGACCCAGAACUUGGCGGCCGAGUGGGCUGUUCAUGGAAUCCGAGUUAAUUGUAUUUCACCAGGCUACAUGGACACCGUUCUUAAUGCGGGUGACAAUCUGAAACCAAUCAGAGAUAUCUGGGCCAGCCGGUGUCCGAUGGGACGCAUGGGUGAUAUCGAGGAAAUCACGGGACCGGUAGUGCUCUUGAGCAGCAAAAGGGCUGGACGGUAUAUCACUGGAGCAGAUUUGCGAGUCGAUGGCGGCGCGCUCUGCUUCUGA